AUGACUCAUCCUACAACAUUUCAAGACCGAUGGCCUCAAAUGAAACGUGUUGUUCUGAAGAUUCUCCGACAAGAGCCAACUUCACAAGUGGAAUGGCAGAAUCUAUUCACUGACGUGUACAGUGUUUCAACUUGGUAUCCAACUAGUAUACCGGAAAUAUUCGCAGAAUUAACAAAUGAAAUCACACGACAUAUCAAACAAGCGCAAGAACGUGUUCUAAGACACGACGAAGAUUCAGCACUGCUCAAAGCAUAUAUUCAAGAAUGGUCAAAGUUCUACGAACAAUGCGAAUAUCUACCAAAACCCUUCGUUCGAAUUGAAACGAAUUCCACUUCAAGCUCAGAGAAAGCAACACGAAGCACCGAUCAAGUUCGACAAUUGAUGCUCGAGUCAUGGAAUAACAAUAUAUUUAAAGAUAUCAAACAUCGUCUACAAAAUAGUGCCAUGAAAUUAGUUCAAGCAGAACGAAAUGGCGAAUCGUUUGAUUCCCAAUUAGUUAUUGGCGUUCGAGAUUCUUAUGUUAGUCUAAAGACUGAUGAGAAAGACAAAUACAAAGUUUAUAUCGAAAAUUUUGAACGUGCGUACCUGAAUGAAACAACUCGAUUUUACAAGCAAAAGACUGGUCAAUACCUUGGCGAACAUGGAAUACUCGCGUAUCUCCAUUACGCUGACCAAAAAUUGAAGGAGGAAGAAAAACGUGCUAGACGAUAUUUGGAAUCCGUACCGGAAUGCAAUAGUGUACCAUUAUUAAUCGGCCGCUGUGUUGAUGUAUUUGUGACAGAAUUUCGCGAGCAAAUCACCAAUGAAUGUCCGAAUUUGAUUGAAAAUAAUGAUAUUGAACGUUUACGUCUUGUAUUCACUCUACUGGAUCAUACGGGCGAUAUUACCUCAUUAACUCAAGCUCUCGAAACAUUCAUUGUUAAGCAAGGUUUAGACAAUAUGUUAAAAAACAGAGAUACAAUUAGACAGGAUCCGGAAAGUUACGUUCAACAACUACUAGAUCUCUAUCGACAAUUUUCAAAUUUAGUUCACGAUGCUUUCUCGAAUGAUCCCAGAUUUCUCACAUCGAGAGACAAAGCAUUUCAGAAAAUUAUUAAUGAUACUUCAGUCUUUCAACUUGAUAUGCCAGCGCGUGCUACUCGAGGAACGACGCGAACAACUCUCGCAGAAUCACGUUGUCCAGAAUUGUUAGCACAAUAUUGUGAUAUACUACUGCGCAAAGGUACAUCUACGCAUAAGAAGUAUUCCUCAGAAGAAAUCGAAUCUAAAAUCAAAGAUGUGCUACUGUUAUUGAAAUAUGUACAGAAUAAAGACGUGUUCAUGCGAUUCUAUAAAGGAUCGCUGACACGUCGUCUCAUUUUGGAUACAUCGAUCGAUAAUGAACUAGAAGAAAGCAUUGUCAUUCAAUUGAGGGAUGUGGGAAUGCCAGCGGAAUUUAUUCUUAAACUACAACAGAUGUUCAAAGAUCUAAAACUAAAUCGUGAUAUGAACGAAGAAUUUCGAAGUGUGUGUCCAUCAUCGCGGAAUAAUAAUACGAUGAUGGAUUCCUUCUCAUUUAAAAUUCUCAGUGCUGCAGCAUGGCCACAUCCCGGCGAUAAAAUCGACGUGUCGCUACCAGCACAGAUCGAAGAUGUCCUACCAGAAAUUGAAGAAUUCUAUAAGAAAAAACAUUCCGGAAGGAAACUAACUUGGUAUCACACAGUAUCAAACGGUCAGUUAACGUUCGCAUCGAAAACUGGAAAAUACGAUUUGGAUGUGUCAACCUUGCAAGCAUCUGUGCUAUUCGCGUGGAACCACCGGCCAACUAAUAAAUUAACAUUUAGCGAACUGAAAUUAGCGACAAACAUUCCUGAAACUGAACUGAAGAAAACUCUCUGGUCAUUGGUGUCAUUUGCUAAACUAAAGCAGCAAUUGAUAUGCUACGAGCCACAUGGGCAAUCUCAUCAAGAUUUGGGUGAAUCGAGUUUAUUCUGGAUCAACUACGACUUUACGAUCAUUCGUGCGGGUAAAGUACAGACACGCGGGCAUAUCAAUAUGAUUCAACGGCUACAAUUAAAUACGGAAAAAGGACGCGAAGAAGAAAAUGAAGAAAUUAUGUUUUUACGUGGUGAGCGAACGAAAGAAGCAAUUGUACAAAUAAUGAAAACUCGUCAACGUAUGAACAAUGCUCAGUUACAAACGGAGUUAAUCGAAAUAUUGAAAAAUAUGUUCGUACCAUCAAAGAAAUUAAUCAAAGAAAUGAUCGAAUGGUUAAUUGAUCAUCGAUAUAUGGCGAGAUCGGAGACAAAUAUAUCAGAAUAUGUUUAUGUGGCUUAA